GUAAUUUAUCAACCGCAGUAACGGCUGGGGUAUUAGCUAGCACCCUCGAGACCUUUAAUUUCCAAUGUAAUGUUAAGAAGCCACAGCGGUUAUAUAAAGAUAAUUUCUAGAGAUUUUAAUUGCCGCUCACGUCAGGGCUUGGCCGAAGUGGAAAUGUCCAAUUUAAGCAACCCGCUCCAGUUACACAGGUUUUUUUUGCCUUUCUGCGGACCGGUUGUUGUUUGACUCUUUCACACGGGCGUAUCCCCCCGGUGUGUAAUCCUUCCCUGUAUUUCCGCACCGUGUACACACGUUGCCAGACACUCAUCCUACGCGUUUUACCGUAGAGCCGUCGAGACGACUGUGGCCGUAUAUUUUAUCCGUGCUAUUUCCGACAGGCGCGAACCACGAAUGACUCACUAAAUCUGGGUACGAUUUAAAAUUAUAAUCCAAUAAGCGGUGCUUGACCCGUGGGUCUUCGAGGGGUCUGCCAUUGAUUUCCUUGGAUCGAACAUGACCGCAGCCGGCCCUACAUAGCGUUCUGAACCAACACCUUCAUAGUGGUUUAGGAGUUGCAUAUUGGAUGUGUUGUGUGACAAAAGAGGACGAACAAGAACAUUAGUUUCAAAUUUGAUCGAACGGGGAUAUGUGGGCAUUAGGCAUUGUAUACUAAAAGAGAAGGCCAACAACUAAAAAAGGUGAAUAAAGGAUAAAAAAAAUACAAUUAAAGGUAAUUCGAAAAUGUGGGUGGUCGACCUUUUAAAUAAUUGGCAGGUUAGGUUUCAAUUGCUUUUUCGUCUUGGUAGUCACCAAAUAAAAUAAUAAUAUUAUGUAUUAUUAUAAUUGGACUGUGAGAAUAAUAACAAUUAAAUUCUAGCUAGUAUUGCACAACCUCUGGAGGAUUAUUUGUUGUGUCUGCUCACCGACCGUGAUAUCAACGAGAUAUGAACGAAAGACUCGCUCUCAUAGAUUAUAAUCUGUAACGAAUUUAAAUGAGCACCGCGGGUUAUUCAAUUAUACCAGGUCCGACAAUAGUUGAACGUCUGGGGAUCAGUCAAGAGUUUUUUCUUUCAAAAAAAAAAAAAAAUGCUAUCGCGCUAAAUUUUCUAGUGUGAGUUCAAACGUCUUGAAAACGAUUCGCACUACCCACUUUGACGACGGUUGACAAUUGAUCUUCGUCCUCGACUUGGUCCUACACGCUUCCGGCGCCGCAAUGCUAAUGCUAUUAUUCGCCGUCAAUUACUAUGGCACUAUUAUACUACUGUAUUCUCGAAUUUACUCGUGGUUUUUUAUUCAAACGUUUGCACAACACUCGACGGUGCUCUUUCGAGACUCCAGAGCGACAUAAUCGGAUUGUGUCAGCCAACACUAUGCCGUAUGGGGAGCUUAACAUAUUUACGGUGCCUUGACCGAUUUUUCUUAUCCUCGUUAGAAAAGAGAAAAAUUUAAAUACUAUUACCCGUCGGUCGGUACGUGCUUUGCCGUUUUCUGUACAUGUAUAACAUAUUAUGAAAACGCGCGUCGCCAAACCUACUGGUAUACAGGGCGUAGUAACAAUCGGUGCUAUUUCGAAAUCAAAGACGAAAAAACUAACUUACACGAGCGGUGGUUCGCGUCUUAAACAAGCCGACAUUCGAAUCCGUUAACUUUCGGGGGACUUUCUUUCGCGAGGUUGUGCCAAUGCCGUAUCCUGACUUGUAGUGGUUCACCUCAGUCAAUCUCUCCCGAGUUCCGAAUGUGAAGUUGAACAAGUCUACACGUUUGACUUUGUUGCAGGCAUCGUUCACAAAUCGGCCGUAGACUUUUUGAUACGCCCUGUAUGGUAUUUUAGUACUUACCUGUGUAUAUGUAUAUCGCUAACGUUACAAAAAAUAUAAUGUAAUUAGAGCGACGACGAAAGGUGUGUGUUUGUGCGACUGCGUCGUGCUAUUUGGAUGUUAUUACUCGCACCCAAAAUGCACGAGCACAACCGAACAAUUAGGUACACACACACACACACACACCACACGAUCGCAUGUAGUGAAACACAUAUGGCGGAUUCGUGACAAAACAACAGUCGGACACGUUUUACCGGCAACGAGUGUAGUAUGUCGAGUAUGCAUGUGCAUGUGCAUUAAAAGCUCUGUGCGGAUCUUGCCGCGGAUCUAGGUAGAUCUCUGCUGCUGCUAUUUUCGUACGAAUGGCUCACAGGUUUUUGGUGUUUUUCGGUUGCGGAUGGUUGCUGGCCGUUCCCCCCGGAGUCCCGGGUCAAUCCACGGACUUCCACGUCGGUGUUUAUCCGCUGUACUAUCCGUACACUCCGUGGCCGGGCCAUUAUUACAUUGAUCGCGCGAAAAACCCCAACGACCGGCUGACUUCGACCACCACCCUGACGGUUCUGGUGAAAGACGAGGACGACCAGGACCCGUCGUUCAACUACCAAGGAUGCAGACUCCAGGACGGGGUUUGCGUCAACCCGGAAUACCACACCACGGUUUCCAGCGGCGUCAACUCUGGAGUGCUGACUAUACGACCGGAAAAAAUGCAAGCCGUCGAUAUGGAUUCAUUGAAUUACCCGGUUAAAUAUUCUUUCGUCAACGGAACGCCGUCAUAUUAUUCGGAUUAUUUUACCAUAGAUCCUCAAUUUGGCACCGUUAAACAAAUCAAAGCUGUCGAUACGGCUCUGACAAAGCAAUUCCUGAUUAUCGUCAAGGCUGAAGAAGAAUCGCCAAACCGCCGUUCGACCACAGCCAAAUUGUACAUCGAGGUGAAACCCGUAGAUGUCAGCCCUCCGGUGAUACACAGCUCUGCCGCUGACGAAGGAUACGGAUUUGUCGAAGAAAAUUCACCGGUCGGCACUAAGGUUCUGGACAAGAACGGCAAUCCCGUUCGACUGACUGUGACCGACGACGAUUUGAACGCCAACGACGCAAAGGUCACUUACACGUUUGAACUGACCACCAAUUCGUUUAACGUGGACCCCGAAGGGUACCUACACGUAAACGAAGAAAAACUAGAUAGAGAUCCGCCAAAUCCGGGAAAAUAUCGUUUUCAAAUCGUGGCGAGGGAAACGAACGGACACGCCGGUAGCAUUCCGUAUUCGAUGACGGUGUUCCUGAGAGAUGUGAACGAUAAUCAACCUCGUAUACCAAUGAUAACGCCGAUCACCAUUCAAGCGGGGAAUUCCAGGAGACAGCUCGUACAGAUCAAAGCCAUGGACGUGGACGAAGAUCAAAACGCUAAAAUUUCCUACAGCAUUUACCACGUGUCCAAUCAAGGGCACAGUAAAUUCCACAUCGACCCGCUGACCGGAUGGAUCGAAACCACCGGUCGGAUGAUGGCCGGCGAUCAGUACAGCAUUACAGUGCAAGCAACAGACUCGGGUGGUCUGUACAGUCAGAGCAUCGUAGAGGUGGUUGUAAUAGCCGGACCAAACACCAAACCGCCCGUGUUCUCUCAGUCGUCGUACGAAGUGACCAUCAGCGAGGGGUCGCCAAUGAACACCACGGUGAUUCCACUGAAAGCCGCGGAUCCGGAAAACGACCCUGUUUCUUAUUCGAUUUUGUCCGGCAACGAUCUCAGACAAUUCGCCAUCGGCGAGAAGACUGGAAUAGUGAGCGUCAUAAGGAAGUUGGAUCGCGAAGAACUCACGCGUUACCAACUGCUGAUCAAAGCCCAAGACGAAGGCGGUCUGUCUAGCACGACGACGUUAAACAUAAAAGUCAGCGACAUCAACGAUAAGAAUCCGGAAUUUAUCGGAGCCCCUUACGAAUUCUCGGUGGCCGAAGGAGUGGACGGGGCGGCAGUCGGUAAGGUGGAGGCCGUGGACGGAGACGAGGGACUCAAUGCCGUUAUCCAUUAUUCAAUACCCGACGACCUGCCGUUCCUGAUCGAUGCCAAUUCGGGGCACAUACGAACCGCCGCAGCUCUGGACUAUGAAAAAAACAACGAAUACAAAUUCGUAGUGACCGCGAAAGACGGUGCGUCCGAUCCGCGAAUCGGUACUGCUUCGGUGACCGUUCAAGUCAAUGACGUGGAAGACGAAAUGCCGAUAUUCCAUAAGCCCGUGUACGAAAGCAAAGUGCCGGAGAACGCGCCCGACUUUGUAGUAGCUCAAGUCCAUGCUGACGACCCGGACACGACCAAGCGAGUGACGUACACCUUAAAGCAAGGCCCGUCAGAUUUGUUUACCAUCGACCCUGUGACGGGCAUCGUUAGGACACUGCGAGGACUGGACUACGAGAAGGACAGCCAACACACGUUAAUCGUGGGCACGUUGGAGAACUCCAACCCAACGCCCGGCGCCACCACCAAAGUCAUUGUAAACGUCGAAGACCGCAACGAUAUCCCUCCGGUGUUCACGACCAUUCCGUUGCCGAUAACGUUAGACGACGACGUGGCCGUCGGAUACAAAGUGGUCACGCUCACGGCGACCGAUUCGGACGGAACGUCUCCCGGCAAUAAGGUGCGAUACGAGCUGAGCGGCCGCGGAAAAGCUCUCAAGUACUUCCACAUCGAUCCCGACCUCGGGGCGUUGUACGUGCGAGACAGCCUCCAGAAAGAACCCGACAACGAAUACCAGGUGGACGUCAAGGCAUACGAUCUGGGCGAACCACAGCUGUCCUCGGUCACGCCGGUCACGAUAUUCGUACGGCGCGUUACAACGCCCACGCCGGAAUUGGCCAUGGGUUUUUCCGACGAUUCGUAUUCGGCUCGCGUGUUGGAGUCCGCCGCGGCCGGCACGCUGGUCAAAGUGCUCACGGUGGUUCAUCCCAGGCCGUCGCAACCACUGCCUCUGAUUUGCACGAUAGUGUCCGGUAACUCGGAAGGCGCGUUCACGAUUAACGUGACGACGGAAAAGAACUGCGAGGUGCGCCUGAAAGACGGCAAGCUCGACCACGAGCACGCCGACAGUUACCAGUUGAAAAUCCGGCUGGACACUCUGGCCGGGCUCGUCAAUCCCGCCAAGAGCGUAACCAUGUUGAACGUGCAAGUGAUCGACAUAAACGACAACAGUCCGGUGUUCGUGUACCCGGAGAGCAGCAAGCACUUUGCCAAAAACGCCUACUACGGCGCCAUAGCCGCCGACAAGGACGUUGGCAGCUUUGUGCUGCAAGUCAAAGCCGACGACCAGGACGGCGGCAAGUUGGGCGACGUGCGAUACGAACUGGCCGACGACGACCACGACCAAAACGACGGACCUUACUUCUCGGUGGAUCCAGCGACGGGUAUCGUCACCACCUUAAGGACACUGACCGACGUUGCACCGCGCAAAUUGCCCUUCAGACUGGUGGUAACCGCCCGGGACAAUCCCGGCGCCACCAUCCCCAGCGAUUACAACACCGCUCAAGCACACGUGGUCAUCAACGUCAUCCGGGACGAACACCGACUGGUGAUGGCCAUCGACGGCGCCCGUCCGGACAUGGUCAAAGCGUCCGAAUCCAGGCUGAUUGAAGUGUUCGAGGACAUCCUGAAACUGAUGGUCGGCCGGGAGAAGGUGUCGGCCAAACAGUACAGGCGACGGGAAAACCUCACCACGGAAACGGAUCCCAGUUCGUCGGACUUCUGGUUCUACCUGAUCGACCCGACCAGCGAAACGAUCCUCGAGCGCAACAACACCAGAGUGAGCAGGUCUAUUCUGAACAAAGACUCGAUGAAAAACAUCACUGCUGCUAUUGCCGACAAGCUGCAGAUCGUUGCCACCAACAUCCAUCCGCCCCUGCAGCAGCAGAGCCAAUCCGGCAGCCGACCGCAUAUGGCCGGCGUGACGAUCCAGUGGACGGUGUUCCCGUACAUGGUGAUUCUGAUGGCGGCGCUCAUCCUGGUGCUGGGGGUGGCCGGUAUCAUAUACAUUUGCGUGUCGUGGACCAGAUACAAAUCGUACAAGGAGAGGAUGGCGAGAAUGUACGUGACGCCGCGGUACGACCCGGUGUUCGUGGAGCCCAACUCGAAGGAAUACGAGGUACAGGUGUUGCAAAUGAGCGUGCCCGUCGACGACAGCGAUAGCUACAACGAUUUGCAGUUGGACUUCAGUCGCAAGAACCACACGUUCAGCAUGGACAACGUGGGCUACAUCUCCAAAGAGAACGUCGACAGCAUCGACGGUCACAGUCCGGUCAGCUCGGAAGCGGCGACCACUGCCCGGACGUCGAGCAUGGGCAGGAACCGGACCAGCACUUUCGGCCGGACCAACCUGGGGUACGAUUCGGACGACGUGGGACCCGCGGCAGCCGUCAGCUCGACCAACGACAACGUGACUUUCAGGGAGAAGAAAGAGUUCGGUCGGCCCAUGCAAAACGGCAACGGGCUGUCCACGUUCAACCGGAAAGACGUGGAAGUCACCACCGAGCUAUGAUAGCCAAUAAAAUGGUUGAAAAUAUUUUACAAUAAUUAUUGUUUCUAGUCUCUGAUCGCCGUCCGUGCCCUCCCCCCCCCCCUACAAACGACAACUGCACUGAAGGGUUAAAUGAAAAUAAUACCAUGUAUACCUAAUGUGUUUUUAGGCGAUUAGAUUUGUUUUUGUAUUAAUAUUCUCAAAAUAAUAUGAACAAAAGACUUUGGCGCGGUCCACCGUCGUCGAGUGGCUGACAAUGAUAAGUACAGCUUGUAUAUGGAUGCUUUGAUUAUUUUAAAAAUUACACAAACCGUGCCAGCAAGUGUAUUUUUGGGCGUUUCAUAAUAUUGGUUUGAUGUCCAUACAAGGAAUGUAAAAUUGUACAUUAAUUAAUACACUUGACAACAUUCUGUUUUACAACCAUUACCUGUAUAAAAAUUAAACAUGUUGUGUGCUAUAUACCUACCCAAUAAUAGUUAUUGUUUUUUUUUUUUUUAAUGUUCCUAUAUAUUGUUCGGCUUGAAAACGAUUUCGCCAUUUUUACCCAGACCGAUAUUUUAACGUCCCGUUAAUUAUUAUUUUAUUACUUUUUCUAGCUUAACAUAUUGUUUUGUUGUUUUAAUCAAACUAUUAUUGCCUACCUUUGCGGUCUUUGAUCGUUUAUGAACAUAUUAUUUUAGUUAAUAAUAAUAAUAUUAUAAUAUCUAUAUGUAUAUAAAAUCCAUGUAAAUGUGUACAAUGUAAUCUAAUUGGAAUUUGCUCAUAAACAACGAACAUGUUCACCCCUAAUAUACAAGUGUACCUACCCCUCUGUACAAUGUAUAUGGGGAUAAGAAUUGCCAUAAUUUUUUAAUAAUUAAUAUUGUGUGUAAACAUGUAUAAGAGCUCUUAAUUUUUGUUGAGCUCGAUUUGUGUGUACAUAAAUUUAUAUAUAUAUAUAAAAAAAAACAAUCAAAUAAGUUAAAAUAAACCAAUUGUGUGUGUAUAUAUAUAUAUAGUUACAAUAUACGUGUUAUAGUCUAUAUUAUAUUAUUUUAUAAGACAAUAAUUUAUUGUUGUUGACCUGUAUGACUACGUCCUGUACCUAUGAUAUGUUUUCUUAAAUGCUU